AUUUGGUGCAAUGCGAACACUUAAAUCGUUCCUUGUGCACGCUGCUGUCAGAUAGAUAGGCGGGAGCAGCAACCUCCCACUCCUCCUAUUGCUAUAACAACCACAGGGCGGUCGGUGUGACUCCAUGGCACAGCACCACUGAUGCGACUGCCAAGUGUCAUCCUCCUGCAAGUAGCCCGACCCCGGCUCACCGCAUCGUCGCUUGACUCUGACUGAAUCCCGCCCGGUUAGAGGAGGAGGAGGGGGAGGGAGAGCCAGUGUUUCCCCGUCACAGUGAUCUGAACAGUGGGGAAGCUCAGGCUCGGGAUCCGCUACGUCAAACAGAUUAGUCAAAUAACCUCUCGGGGUAGGACAUACCUCCCCUCCUUGGGCUUGCCUGGCCGCGUGCAUGGGCUGAGGAAGCAAGAUAGUCUGCGUUGACAAACAGCCAGGAAGCCUUUGGCGAAACACAGAAGUGCGCUACUUUUCUUUUCUUGUGCUGUUUUCCUUUUUCUUUCUUUUUCUUUUUUUUUUGGCUGGAUGAGACGACUGUGGUGAUCCUCCAGAAGCGUCUCUUCCUCUCCUACCCCCACCCCAGUGCGAAAUGGCGAAAGAAAACGGCGAGUCCAGCGAUGGAUCUUGGAAAAAGCAUGUCGAUGACAUCAAGAAAAUAUUUGACUUCAAGGAAGUCCUUGGGACCGGGGCAUUUUCCGAAGUGGUGAUGGCUCGGGAGAAGGCCACAGGAAAGAUGGUGGCAAUCAAGUGCAUCCCAAAGAAAGCGCUGAAGGGGAAGGAGACUAGCAUCGAAAAUGAAAUCGCCGUGCUUAGGAAGAUAAAGCAUGAGAACAUCGUGGCUCUGGAGGACAUCUACGAGAGCUCAAACCACCUGUACCUCAUAAUGCAGCUGGUGUCUGGAGGUGAGCUGUUUGACCGUAUUGUUGAAAAGGGCUUCUACACAGAGAUGGAUGCCAGCCGGCUGAUUCGGCAGGUUUUGGACGCGGUCAACUACCUGCACUCCAUGGGGAUAGUGCACCGAGACCUAAAGCCUGAGAACCUGCUGUACUUCAGUCCUCAUGAUGAGUCAAAGAUCAUGAUCAGUGACUUUGGCCUGUCAAAGAUGGAGGGAACAGGGGACGUGAUGGCAACCGCCUGUGGGACUCCAGGAUACGUGGCCCCUGAGGUUUUAGCUCAGAAACCCUACAGUAAAGCUGUGGACUGCUGGUCUAUUGGAGUCAUCGCAUAUAUUCUGCUUUGCGGCUACCCUCCUUUCUAUGACGAGAACGACUCAAAGCUCUUUGAGCAGAUUCUCAAGGCGGACUAUGAGUUUGAUGCGCCGUACUGGGAUGACAUAUCGGACUCCGCCAAAGACUUCAUCAGCUGCCUAAUGGAGAAGGACCCAGAGAAGAGAUUCACAUGUGACCAGGCUCUUCAGCACCCCUGGAUUGCUGGAGACACAGCUCUCUGCAAGAACAUACAUGAGUCAGUCAGUCGACAGAUGCGCAAAAACUUUGCCAAAAGCAAAUGGAGGCAAGCCUUUAAUGCGACGGCUGUCAUCCGACACAUGAGGCGCCUGCAACUGGGCACCAGCUUUGGCAGCAGCGUCCACGGCAACAACUCCGUGUCCAACCCUCAGAGCCGAGCUCCAGCCAAGAGCCAGUCUGUGGACUGCGCCCCGCUCUCCCUGAAGGACUGUUCUCCAAUAGCUCCAUUGCCAUCUGCUGUUAAAGUGUACAGUCAGGACUCUGAUGCUCCCUCUACCGUGCGUGAGGAACCGUCGGUCGUGGCCGAAUCAUCGCGGCCCCGACCCUCCACCGUUACCGUCAUCCACACUGGGACUAAAUGACGCCAGGUUCCGCGGGAGGUGAGCUGGGAGACCACGGAGCUUUGAGACGGGAUGAAACCAUCCCCAGGCCUCGUGAUUCAACGUUGUUCCCCAGUUUACCCAUCCCGCAACCUCCCAUCUGUUUCUGCCAACCACGGGAGGAAUUUAAGGAGCAUUGGCUCAGCUCCAUUUACCAUGGCCCAGCACGGCACCCCGCUGCUUCCCUUCCCACUGUCAUACGGACCUGGAAGUACAGAGGGGGAGAAGCUCAACCAGAAGUUGUUAUUGUGGAAGCCAUGUUCAGGCUGGAUCAUGGUUGUCUGGCAGACAAACAAGCAGCUGGUCUGGGAAGUGCCACACUAAAGGGAAUUCAUUAUUGAAGCUGCUGUCGUUUUUGACUGUGAGCGUCUUGAGACAGGAUGCUCCUCUGUAUGCCUUGUGUAAAUAUCCUGUCUGGAACUGUUGAGUGGACUCCUGUUAUGCAAGUGAAAUAUAAGCUUCAAGCUGUGGUAAAUAAUUGUGACAUCAUCUGCACUCUGAACUUCUCGUUGUUAAUUUUCUGUGGUAUUUGCUACAAUGGCUCACAGAGUCAUGACUCCCAACAGUAUGACAGUAUGUGUAAUCUCUCUGCUUUAAAGUGUGUGGACAUGAAACGUGAGCAGGAUAAUGUGCUUUGGUUGUGGAGUGUGAUUGCUGAGAGGGCCGGUGCAUUGCACUAAUGUAAUGGAUUAUUUAUUUUCUUACAAUAUAUUAUGACUUUUGUAAGUAAUCCACUUGCAGAAAUGUGUUAUUAAACUGGACUGAAAGGUUAUUGCAUUGAAUGAUAAAGGCACAGUAUCUAAUAGUUGUUACUUUGUAAUUGCUGUUUUAUUUGAUUAAUUAAUUUUAACAUGACUGUGAAGUCCUCCUUGACCACAGGAGGGCAAUCACGUGUUGUCGCUUUGUGACCAGUUCUCAGGGAUGUGCUCCAACAUGAAGCUAUCCAAACCCCCCACCCCCCACCCCACACCUCCAGAGUGGUCAGACACUGCUGCUGGUGAAAAACCUCCAAAUACUGCAUAUUAUUCUAAUGUGCCAUUGGGAGAGUUUGACCGUUUUCUUUCCUUAAGUCCAUCAUUAUUGACAUGUGAGCAUUAUGUAACUCAUACUAGACGGAUUGUUUUCCCAUUAAAAGACCUUGAAUAAUAGAUUUGGAUUUAAAGAAAAUGUUUAUCAGUGAAGUGCACAUUCAUGUCUUCGGUAAAAAUGUAACAUGACAAAUGAAUGAAAAUGUAUCUUAACAAGGAUUGCUCCCAUUGCAGAAUCGUCAGAUCGGUAGUGUACAGUUCAGUAGUUGAAAUAUCGUGCUCUGCUUCCGCUCAUGAAGUGGCUGGUCUGAAAACAGCUCACUCUCUCUAUGUUUAAUCACUGUGCUUUCAUACCAGCCUGUUGAAUUUAGCAGAAAGACUCUUUCUCCUUCUCUCUCCUUCACACGGAGAAGAGAGAGGAUCUGUCUUUGUAUCUUCUCUGUGGUACCUCUAUUUAAUUUUAAGUCACUCAAGAGAACACUUCACCAGAACAAGCCCAAUAUCACGGACUUUGCCAUUGUGAAUUAUAUGAACAUGUUGUGGUGAAUAUCGACAUAUGGACUUUGAGCCUCUAUUUACUGUAAAUACAGAUCUCAACAACA